GUUAUCAUUAUGCAGCAAACCGAAUCUUCCGAGAAGCCCAAGGGCACGCGUAACACUGAUACUCAGCGAUAUGGCUGCCCUUAUAUGGUUUAUGCUGUUCUUGAGGGUAAUCAAUCCGUCAUCAGAAAGGUUGUUUCACAACAUAAACACCAGAUUAUGCAAGGUCCUCGCAUGUAUGCUCUUAACCGUCGUUUAGAUGCAGUUCAACUUGAAAGAGUAUGAGCC